CUCUGGCCCCUGGAGCUGCCGCAGGGGAAAGAUGAAGAUCUGGAGCUCUGAGCACGUGUUUGGCCACCCAUGGGACACUGUCAUCAAAGCUGCUAUGAGAAAAUACCCAAAUCCAAUGAACCCUUGUGUAGUAGGAGUGGAUGUAUUAGACAGGAGCCUUGAUAACCGAGGCAGGUUACAUAGCCAUCGUCUUCUCAGUACUGAGUGGGGACUCCCAGCUCUCGUGAAAGCGGUCUUGGGAACCAAUAGGACUUUGACAUAUAUUAAAGAGCAUUCUGUUGUAGAUCCAGUAGGAAAGAGAAUGGAGUUGUGUUCUACCAAUAUCACACUCACAAAUUUGGUGUUGGUGAAUGAAAGAUUGGUGUACACACCUCAUCCUGACAACCCUGAAAUGACGGUGCUGACACAUGAAGCAGUCAUCACUGUGAAGGGAUUUAGCUUAGGCAGCUACUUGGAAAGCCUAAUGGCAAACACCAUAUCGUCCAAUGCACGGAAGGGUCGAGAUGCCUUGGAAUGGGUGAUCAGCAGACUUAAUACAGAAUUUGAGGAACUGGUAGCACCACCUUGA